AUGGUUGAUCAAGUGAGUGGUGCUUCAUCUGGGAUCACCGUUGUACGCAAAAAGCUCCAAGGCUAUGUUGGAUUUGCCAAUUUACCCAACCAAGUACAUCGGAAGUCAGUCAAAAAGGGCUUUCAAUUCACUUGCAUGGUUGUUGGUGAAUCUGGUCUCGGCAAGUCGACCUUGGUCAAUACUCUUUUCAAUACAGGGCUGUAUCCACCCAAGGAAAAUGUUGAAUUGACCCAUGAAACACCCCAAACGGUGGAAAUUCAAUCAACCACAGCUGAUUUGGAGGAAAACGGUGUCAAGCUGAGAUUGACGGUGGUGGAUACACCUGGAUUUGGUGAUUUUGUAAAUAAUGAAGAAAGCUGGAAACCGAUUCUCGAUAAUAUUGAGUCUCGCUUUGAUGCUUACUUGGAACAAGAAAAUCGCGUCAAUCGACGACGCAUGGUUGACAAUCGCAUCCAUGCUUGCAUUUACUUUAUCAUGGCAACAGGCCACGCUCUUAAACCUUUGGAUAUUGAAUUCAUGCGUCGGUUACACACACGUGUUAAUUUGAUCCCUGUCAUUGCCAAAGCUGACACUUUGACUGAAGAAGAGGUGAUCGCUUUCAAACAACGCAUCUUGGCAGACAUCAACUAUCACAAGAUUCAAAUUUAUCAAGCACCCGUUUAUGAAUAUGAUGAUAAGGAAACCAUUGCUGAAAAUCGUGAAAUCAUGUCCAAGAUCCCAUUUGCUGUUGUUGGUUCUGACAAGGAAUUCGAAGUUGAAGGUGGUCGUCGUGUACGUGGACGAAAGUAUCCUUGGGGUGUCAUUGAAGUUGACAAUGAAGAGCACUGCGACUUUGUCAAGCUCCGUCAAAUGUUGAUCCGCACCCACAUGGAAGAGCUGAAGGAAUACACGAAUGAUGUGUUGUAUGAGAACUAUCGCACCGAAAAGCUCCAAGCCAUGGGUAUCCAACAAGAUCCUUCGGUGUUCAAGGAAGUCAACCCGGUCCAAAAGAUGGAGGAAGAACGUAUUGCUCACGAGCAAAAGCUUGCCAAGAUGGAAGCAGAAAUGCGAUCCAUUUUCCAAGCCAAGGUGACCGAGAAGGAACAAAAGCUCAAGCAAUCCGAAGAAGAGUUGUAUGCACGCCACAAGGAGAUGAAGGAGGCUCUCGAAAAGCAGCGUGUAGAUCUGGAAGAGAAGAGACGCCGUUUGGAAAGUGGAAGACCCAUCACCCCCGAGAAAGUCAAAAAGAAGGGCUUCUCCUUCAACAAGUAA